AUGAUGAAGCUUGAGCUUGAGAAGCAAAGAGCUUUUACCACUACAAAUAGUGAUGAUGUUAAUUGUAUUACCACCACCAUCACUCGUGGUUCACUCCAGACGUCAAGUGACUAUAUAAUACGUGCACAACAAUUUGCCGAUGCACGUGUACACGAGACACUUCGCAAGUAUUAUAGUAAUCGUGCAGCUGCUUCGUAUUCGUCCGAGGAUUCCCCCGGUGUUGAUCGUUCCAAGUGGAAACCAGUCAAAGGAGGUGGUCGACAUCAUGCUAUCUCUUGCUACAAGAAAGUAAUCUCUAGAGGCUCUUUUAAUGGUUUCAAGAGAUCUCACAGGAACAAAAAGUCCUUGAGUGCCAAGGACACACCGUCCGUCUCUGAUCAGGCUGAGCUGCUUGCUAUUGGAGUCAUGCCCGGUACACUUGAGGAUGUACUACACGGUAUUGUGAACCUCACACCUGAAGCCAUGCAGAUUGAAAGUGCACACGCCCAGUGUGAUCUACUGGACAGCCGCGUGCUGACCACGCUCGUGGCUCCCUCGACCGAUACACCGUUCCGCUCACUCACACUCAAGUGGGCACUGCGCCAUCAUGAAGUACUGUCCAGACAUCGAGACUAUGUGUACAUGGAAGCCACUGGAGUACUGCGCGAUCCACAGGACAAUGGCGCAAAGGUCGGCUACCAUCUCGUGCACUCGGUGACGCUGUCGUCUGCUCCUGAACUGGCACCGGAAAUGCAAAUCGUGCGCGGCCACUUGUCGUACUGUUAUCUUUAUAGACAGCACAGCGAGACCCAAGUCAAGCUCUUUUUUCACGGAGGAAUGGUACCACGUGGGGGUGCAAAAGACCGUUUGGCCUUUGCUCUGAUGUCGGAAGCUGUGCUGGCUGCGCCCAGUGCCAUCGAGUGUGCAAUGAUGAAAAAGCUGGCCUUUUCGCUGCGUACCAAACACCUAAGAGCUUGUCAACCGCCUUCGCUGUCGCUGAGUCAUCGAGAGGACAACUUGGGUCAGAUCCGCGGACAAAAGAGCACAUCUGGCAGCAGCAUAUUACGCGCCUCACCGACGACUUUUGACAGCAACCGCAGCAGUAGGGCAUUUGAUGGAGGUCUCAGUGGUAGCAAGUGCCGCGUGUGCCGUCGCUCUGUGCGGGCGUUUUUCAGUGGAAAAGUCACUUGCUGCGAAAUGUGUGAAGAACCUGUGUGCAACCGCUGCAAAGUGAACAAGAAAGUGUUUGUGUUUCAGAGAGGUGUGCUUCAUCCACAAAAGAUGGACUUCUGUUCUGAGUGCGUGGUGACUACAAACCGCCUAAACGCUGAAUGGGUCGCGUCACAGGAACUUACUGACGAUGUGCGACCGAGCGAGGGAAGUAGCUCGUCGUCGGAAGAACAAGGCUCCAAGGCUCCAAAUCUUGGUCUAAAAUCUCGGAACGGCGGUAUGUCGAGAAGCAAUGGAAGCCGGACCACUAUGUCCUCGGACAGUCAAAUGGAGCAAUCGGCAUCUCCAUUUGUUGUAUGGCUUCCAACUGACUACUUGCACCCGCGUCUCACUUGCAUCGACCCGAUGGAUAGUGAGUUAGAAGACAAUUAUCCAAGUGACGAAAACCCUGAGAAUGAAGGCUACAAUUGGUGCAUGGAAGACAGUUUUAUUGACACGGAGGCAUUUGUGACGAUCGAUGACGAUGACGCUAUUCCCAUGAUUGACGUUUCAUCUGAGGAUGAGGAGGACUAA